AUGAGUGAUUCAGCAACUAUUUCAGAACAAUCCAAGCAAUCAAUCUCUGGUCCUCCAAAUAUUUCAGAACAAUUCAAGAAAUCGGUCUCUGGUUCUCCAAAAGUUUCAGAACAAUCCAAACGACCGAAUUUCAAAACUUCAAAACCUUUGGAACAAUUCAAACGACCGAACUCCAAACUACCCGUUUCACCAACAAUGAAACCUUUUAACAUAGAACUAUUUGAAGGAACUUUACCUCCUCUUCCUGAAGUGGUUAUACCUCAUCCUUCUUCUGACUUCUCAGUUCAAGAUGAAUAUAGUUUGAAAGAAUUACUUAAUGAACAAAAGGAUAAAAUAUCUGAGAUUUUAACAAAAUUAGAAAAGCCCGAUGUAUUAUUUAGCUCCAUAGAAAUUGAGAAAUCCAAAGUAAAAAAAUCUUAUAAAAAGAUGAAUGAUGAAUUUUAUCAGGAAGCAAUUAAGCAACUUUCAUACAAAUUAUUUCACGAACACAAACAAAUUAACGAGAAUGAACUUAAGA